GUUAUAAAUAAAAAUGAGUGACACAGAGAUACAGUUACAGAUCAGCUAAAGGACAGAGACAAACAUGAAGAGCCUCACACUCCUGAUCUUCUGCUGCGUGAUAGCUGCAUGUCUGAGCGCAGGUCUUCCUGACACUAAGUCAGUGAGUCCUGCAGAAUCUCGCAGUGAUGAUGGUGUGUUUAUGAAACAAGAUGUGGCCUCAACAGUCGUGAGACAGAAGAGAGCAGGAACAGCACCUGCAGACCUGACUGUGGCUCAGCUGGAGAGUCUGAAGGAAGUGUGUGAAGCGAACCUGGCCUGUGAGCACAUGAUGGAUGUGUCCGGCAUCAUUGCAGCCUACACUGCGUACUAUGGGCCCAUUCCCUACUAGAUCACCGCUGCUGGACAUUACAGCGCAUUAUGAGCAUCUGUCAAAAAUGAUAAAAAAAAAAACAUAAGCAGAGUUGUUGAAGCCAUACCAGAUUGUAAUAAAGAAAGAAAUUAAAUAA